AUGGAAGCGCCAGAUUUAGAAUUAGGCUUGGACUCCGAAUCAACCCAUCGGUCGACUAAUACUAAUCUUAAUCAAUCGAUUAGGAAAAAUAUUUCCUUGAAAUUGAAGCAGAGCUCCACCACCGCAGUGACAUCUAGCAGCUCCAACGUCGUUACGGUGACGGCCAGCUCGCAGAUUAGUGACAAGUCGAAGAGUGAUAGAAAAUCUGCUGGAACAAAAGUUGCUGGGGAGGAAGCUGAUGAUAUCUUCGCAACCGUGUCGCCAUGCUUUUUGCUAUUCUUGUGCAAAGAAAAACGAGAAGAUUUGCUUGAGCAACAGUUACUGUUGCAACCCAAUGUUCUACAUCCGCCACCAGUUGCACAAACAACAACACUUCCUCCUGAAUACAUCCAGCAAUUUCAUCAUCAGCAGCAGCAACAACAGCUUCAGCCGACAUCUUUACACUACCUGCCACAGGGUUCUGUCUACUUAACAAGAAAUGUUGAUAGUGGUUUGAUGAUGCAACAACGAAUGGCUGGUCAACCUCUACAACAACAGCAACAACAACCUUUGCAGCUUCAACAGCAGCUGCAGCAACAACAACUCCAGCAGCAACAAUUUCAGCAGCAGCAACAACAACAACAGCCAAAUUUGCUGCUUGCUGCACCGCCACAACAAAACCGCAUUUUCAACAUGCAAUCAAUGCCUGUAAUGAUCCAGCAACAACAAAUUCAACAGCAGCAACAACAACAACAAAUGCAACAACAACCCAAAGAAAUAAUGAUUCAAAAUGCAAUUCCUGGACUGCAACAGCCACAGCCACAACAUCAUAAGCAGCAGCAACAACCACAGCCACAGCAAUUAUCUCCUCAGAAUGCAGCUGUCAUGGCUUCGAGGUCCACCAAUCUCAUAACAGUGCCCAUCCAAGAUGAAGAUUUCCACAAGCAGCAUCAGCAGCAGCAACAACACUUGCAGCAACAACAACAACACAUGCAACAAGCAUUCAACCAGCAACAACAACAUUUACAAUUUCAACAGCAACAACAACAACAGCAACAACAACAAACGCUUCCAUCAACAUACAUAACACCACAACAACAACCGGCAUUUUUGUUGCCUCAACAGCAGGUUGUAACAGUUCGUGGACCGCCCAUGGCAACCAACAACAGUAAUCCAAACAGUUCUCUUCCAAUGCAACAACAACAGCAGCAGCAACAACAACAACAGUUCCAACAACGACCGCCAUUCUUUAAUUAAUCUCUACUCUACUCUACUCUGAUUGAUAAAUUAACAAAUGUUUGAAUGCAAUUGGUUGAUGAUUAGACAAAUGUUUAAUUGCCAUAAAUGUGAUUGGUUGUUGAUGCCGUUGAUGUUGUUGUUGAUGUUUGAAUUUGUUCAGCUGAUAAAUUUCAUCUACCUACCUGCCUACUUAAUUAACAUUGGGUGGCUGAUUUCUGGAUACAUUGAAUUUUUUGUAGUCAGUAAUUUAAGGAUUUCAAGAAGAAAAUUUAAAUCUUUCAGGCUCUAUGAUUAAUUAUAAUUAUAAUAUAUUAUAAUUAUAUAUAAUGAACAGCAAUUAUUAUGAUGAUGAUUUUUAUAUUUUCAUUCAUUCAUCGAUUUGUUUCUAAAGGAAAAUAAAAACCAAUGAACGUGACUCACUUGAAAUUUAUAUAUAAGUUAUGAUUAAUAUUUAUUUAAA